CAUAAAUGUCAAUAAAAAUGUCCUCAAAAGAAGAAAUCGAAAUUGAUACAAAUGAAAGUGUUGGGUCGAACAGAUUAAACAAAAGUCAUAAAUGUGAUCACAGAUGUGUCCAUCAAGGUGAACGUAUUUGUUAUAAUGAAGGAGAAGAUAAUAAAGAAGCGGUUAAAAGAAUACCUGAAGGAACAGCCUCUUCGGAAUCUAUCAACUCUACAGAAUUGGACAGUCUACAUUCUGGGGAAUCGUUAUUUAAGACAUUUAACUUCGAGGCUUCCGAUAAUGAUCCUGACAUGGAAAAAUGUAUGACUUUUUGGAAAAAUGUUUUGGCAAAAAAUGUAAAACCAAUAAAGUGUACAUUACUCAGAACCAAGAAAACUAAAGACAAAGAAAAAGAAAAACAAAAGGCAGAAGUGAGACAAGAUAUAAUAAGACAUAAUGACCCUUGCAAAGACGAUGAUACCCGUAAAAUGUGGUUAGAUAUCUACAAAGACUUGCAAAGACGAAAACUGGACAAGUUAAAGUUGGUAAAGUCAAAGAAAUGUGAGCCAUGUGAAGAGUACAUUGACGAAGAACUAUUAAAAAAACAGGACGCUGAAGAUAUUAAAAAACUGAACCAUUGGAAAUCACAAAAAAGACCUUCUGCCGGAAAAUAUGACAUCGGUUCCCAAGUGCAGCGUACUCUUCGAGUCCUCAAAGCAGCUCGAACGUCAAAAGAUGAGUCAGACAAAAGACACUCCUCAAAUGAAUCCAAAGUAAUGCAAACUUUAAAAUCUGUAACUGAAUCCAACAUCAAACACACUGCUAAACCUAAAACUGAAAAAUUCAAAGCUGAAUCAGAAGUUACUCCUAGUAAACCCUCAUCGGCUGAAAAGAAAUCCCAAGUUUCUGAAAAAAAUGAACCUGGAAAAGAAAUCACUCAAAUUGUAUCGGACUUGAGCAAAUCAAGUGCACUGUCAAAACCGUGUUCUGGGGGCGGCGAAGCGCCUGUACCCCUUGAUUUGAGCUUAAACAAAAGUUGCUGCAACUGUGGUUGUGCAAUCGACGAUUGCAUUUGUGCCGAAAUUGAUGAAUUAGUUUCAAACACUCCCGAAUUCCUAAAAAAGACGGAAUUAGAAACUUGCAGCCCUUGUGACUGUGGCAAUGUUUGUGCUUGUGAACCACACCAACAACAACAGGCAAAUGUUUGUUGUUGCGGAUGUGGCGCCCAGGAAUGCAUUUGUCAGAAUUUGGAAAAAUGCCCGUGUGGUUGUGGCGUGGAAAAUUGCAUUUGUCAGAAUUUAAAUGCAAUGAGGAGUAAAGAAUGUGCUUGUGGGUGUGGUUUGGAUGAAUGUAUCUGUGAACAAUUAUACACAAAGAGGUGUAAAUGUGGUCAUGCCGACUGCACUUGCGAUAUGAUUGAAAUUCUGACAACUUAUUUAGAGACUUUGGAGACUCCGCCCGCUGUUAAGGCUGGACUUGACCAGGACAGUUUGAAAUUUACCACUCAAGAAGCACAGACUGAAGAACAAACAUUGCUGUUGCAAACGACCCAAAAGGAGGGCACUUACUGCUUGAUCUGUGGACAUUUUAAUUGUUAUUGUAAUAAAUAAAUGACGAUUUUGUUGCAA